CUACCUCUCUCUCUCUCUAUAUAAAAAACAAUAAUAAAAAAAUUCAGAGUUCCCCUAUCUCAAUUGUAGCAGCAGAGGCUCCAUUCUUCGUUCUGCUCACCGCCGCCGCCGCCGGCCCUGAAUUAUCGUCCCCCAUUGGGAAUUUGAGAUGGCGACCUUUGCUAGACCUGAGAAUGCUUUGAAGCGAGCUGAAGAGUUGAUUAAUGUUGGACAAAAGCAAGAAGCUCUUGAGGCUCUUCAUAGUUUUAUUACUUCAAGGAGGUAUAGAGCUUGGACAAGGACACAUGAGAGAAUAAUGUUCAAGUAUGUGGAGCUGUGUGUUGACAUGAGGAGGGGAAGGCAUGCUAAGGAUGGCCUUAUCCAGUACCGUGGCAUCUGCCAACAGGUUAACAUCACUUCUCUAGAGGAGGUGAUAAAGCAUUUCAUGCAGUUGGCAACCGAGAAAGCCGAACUUGCACGUAAUCAGGCGCAGGCCUUGGAAGAGGCUCUGGAUAUAGAUGACUUAGAAGCAGAUAAAAGGCCAGAAGAUCUGAUGUUGAGCUAUGUUAGUGGAGAGAAAGGAAAAGACAGAUCUGAUCGUGAGCUUGUCACACCAUGGUUUAAGUUCUUGUGGGAGACUUACAGAACGGUGUUGGAAAUCUUACGUAACAACUCUAGAUUGGAGGCCCUGUAUGCGAUGACUGCACAUCGUGCCUUCCAAUUCUGUAAGCAAUACAAAAGAACUACAGAAUUUCGGAGAUUGUGUGAAAUAAUCAGGAAUCACCUUGCAAACCUUAACAAGUACAGAGACCAGCGAGAUAGGCCUGAUCUUGCUGCUCCGGAGAGUUUGCAGUUGUAUCUUGACACCAGAUUCGAGCAACUGAAAGUUGCUACUGAGCUUGAACUUUGGCAGGAAGCAUUUCGUUCUAUUGAGGAUAUAUAUGGGUUGAUGUGCAUGGUUAAAAAAACACCUAAACCUUCCUUGAUGGUUGUUUAUUAUUCCAAGCUUUCAGAAAUUUUCUGGAUGUCAUCCAGCCAUCUUUAUCAUGCUUAUGCAUGGCUUAAGCUUUUCUCACUUCAGAAAAGCUUUAAUAAGAACCUAAAUCAGAAGGAUUUGCAGUUGAUAGCAUCAUCUGUUGUUCUAGCUGCACUGUCCGUGCCCCCUUAUGAUCGUUCGUAUGGCGCAUCUCAUUUGGAGCUUGAAAAUGAGAAAGAGCGGAGUUUGAGAGUGGCAAACCUUAUUGCAUUUGAUGUUGAAUCCAAACCUGAGAACAGAGAAGUGCUUUCCAGGUCAUCACUUCUGUUGGAGUUGGUGGCCAAAGGUGUGAUGAACUGUGUAACUCAGGAAGUCAAGGAUCUUUACCAUAUUUUGGAGCACGAGUUUCUCCCUUUAGACCUGGCCUUGAAAGUACAGCCCUUGCUAACAAAAAUUUCAAAGCUUGGAGGUAAACUUGCUUCUGCUUCUUCUGUUCCAGAAAUACAGCUGUCUCAGUAUGUUCCUUCUCUGGAGAAGCUUGCUGCUCUUAGGUUGUUGCAACGGGUCUCGCAGGUGUAUCAGACUAUGAAUAUUGAGAAUCUAUCAAGGAUAAUUCCUUUCUUUGAUUUUUCAAUUGUUGAGAAGAUCUCCGUGGAUGCAGUGAAGAAUAAUUUUUUAGCAAUGAAAGUGGAUUAUAGGAAGGGUGCCAUUUUCUUUGGCAAUAAGAGUCUGGAAUCGGAAGGCCUACGAGAUCACCUGUCCACAUUUGCCGAAUCCCUAAGCAAAGCCAGGGGCAUGAUCUACCCUCCGGUUAAGCGAAUUUCAAAAUUAGGGGAAACACUUCCAGAUUUAGUGGAAGUGGUUGAAAAAGAGCACAAGCGACUUCUUGCACGCAAGUCAAUAAUUGAAAAACGGAAAGAAGAACAAGAACGUCAGCUUUUGGAGAUGGAACGAGAGGAGGAGGCAAAGAGGUUAAAAUUACAGAAGAUAACUGAAGAGGCAGAACAGAAAAGGCUUGCCUCUGAAUUUGAGCAAAUGAAGAACCAAAGAAUUCUCAGGGAAAUAGAGGAACGUGAGCUCGAGGAAGCCCAAGCUUUGCUGCAGGAAGCUGAAAAACGCAGUAAAAAGAAAGGGAAGAAACCAGUCUUGGAAGGAGAAAAAAUAACUAAGAAGACUUUAAUGGAGCUGGCUCUCAGUGAGCAGCUCAGGGAGAAGCAAGAAAUGGAGAAAAAAUUACAGAAACUUGCCAAGACUAUGGAUUACUUGGAGCGGGCUAAAAGAGAAGAGGCAGCCCCCCUUAUUGACGCUGCAUUCCAGCAGCGUUUAGCAGAAGAAGAGGCUCUACACACACUUGAGCAGCAGCAAGAGAUUGAUGUAAGCCGACAACGACAUGCUGGAGACCUGGAGGAGAAAAGGAGGCUCGGUCGGAUGUUGGAGAACAAGAAAAUCUUCCAAGAAAGAGUUCUGAGCCGCAGGAAAUCUGAAUAUGACAGACUUAAGGAGGAGAGAGAAGAAAAAAUCCACCAAAUUAUCCAGGCAAGGAAACAGGAAAGGGAUGCGAAGAGGAAAAUGAUAUAUUUCCUGAGAUCUGAAGAGGAGAGGCAGAAAAGAUUGCGUGAAGAGGAGGAAGCACGAAAGCUUGAAGAGCUGGAGAGGCGGAAGAAAGAGGAAGCUGAGCGGAAGGCCAAGCUGGAUGAAAUUGCUGAGAAGCAGAGGCAGCGGGAGAGGGAGUUGGAAGAAAAAGAAAGGCAGUGGAGGGAAGAGGUCUUGGGGAGAUCAGCUGCAGUGCCCUCAAGGACUGAGCCUUCUUCCAUUUCACGCCCUGUGGAGGCAGCACCUGCUGCUCCAGCUGCUGCUGCACCAUCGACUGGGAAGUAUGUGCCCAGGUUCAAAAGAGUGGCUGCUGAAGGCGGGGGUCAGGCCCCACCUCCUGAAACUGACAGGUGGUCCAGCGGCAACAGGAUGGACGAUCGAACACCCCAACAAGGUGACCGGUGGCGGGAGGAUCGAAGGCCUUCCUUUGGUUCUGGUGCCCCAAGGUCCUCCACUUGGCAGUCCUCCAGGGAUCGCCGUUAAGUUUGUGAUGAUGUACUCUGGUACGCAUCUUGAGAUUUUGAUGGGGUGCCGUUUGUCGUAUCCUGAGAGGCUGUGGUAGCUCGCUUGUUUGUGGCCAAGUAUUCGGGAAAUGUUCCUUUCCCCCCCUUUUUUGGACAUAAGUUAUGCUGCUUUUGCAAACUUUGAGUCAUGAAUCAUAGAUUAGCUUGGAAUUAUGCAGUAACCUCUUCAGUUAUGAAAUUUUAGACGCUUGAAUGACGUGUAAUUGUGUUCAUUGUUUAGUUCCCCAAAGAACUUGUGUCCUGGUUUUUGUGGUAAAAGAGCUGAGUUUAUAUAUGGAUUAUUUACACUUUUGCGCUGC